ACCUACAUACCUCUGACUAUCCACGUACCUCUGAUAUCUCAUGACCUCUGUCUAUCCACGUACCUCUGAUAUCUCAUGACCUCUGACUAUCCACGUACCUCUGUCUACACCCACUACAACAGUAAAAUCCAAAAAGCUAAAAAGAAAGAAAGAAAAAAGAUCAUGGAGAAAUUAAAAUAUGGGAAAAAAAAAAGACUUUUGAGUAGUGAAAUUAAGCAGUUGGUUUGCUGAGAAAGGCUAAAUGGUGUUGGACUGCCUUGCUUCUCCCGAGUUGGCUGUUGUGCUGCUACUGAGCUGGUGCGCUGCUUUGGGCUUUGGCGCUGCCGAGCUGGACUGCUUUGUUGCUGCCAAGCUGGACCGUUUGGUUGCUGCCGAGCUGGGUUGUUGUGCUGCUGCCGAGCUGGGCUGCUCUGCUGUUGCCAAGUUGGACCGUUUGGUUGUUGCCGAGCUGGGUUGUUGUGCUGCUGUCGAGUUGGGCUGCUCUGCUGCUGCCAUCAAGCUCGAGCUCAUAUUCUCACCGAGGGCGCCACAUUUGUGAGAAAUUUGGUUUUUUUUUUUUUUGAACUUUCAUGGUCCCGUGCUCUUUUUUUUUUUUUUUUGGGGAUCCCACUAAGUUAGCUUAAGUUUGUGUUUUGCUAACAUUUUUUUGCUUCUUGAAUACUCAUGGCUGACAUUGUAACUUGCCUCGAUAAUUGUGCAAAGCUACUCCCUUGUUUGUUUUUUUGUGAAAGCUUCUCUUCUUCAUAGGCGAAUAGACCCUUUUCAUCACA